AACACACAGAAUAACACUAAAAACAAAAUCAAUCCUUCACAAUACCCUUUUCAUUCCAUUUCAACUUUCUCACUCUAUUUCAUUUUCAUUCCCAAACAAAUCUCCUUUUCACCAUGAAAAUUCCUCAAAUCAUCACAACCCAUUAACGUUAACUUCAUCAAAACGCAAAACCCAUUUCAAAAGUCACAAACUUUUUACAAUUUCGUUCAAAAAUGCAAGACCCCACUUUCUCCGCCGCCGUUGAAACCACCGAUCACCACCACCCACAACCACCGUUGAAACGAAACAACCGAAAACGACCCGUUUUCAAACUGCUACCGGGUCAGAUCGCGUUUCGUUUGGUCUGUCAUUCGUCAACGGUUGGUGGGUUGAUCGGAAGUUCAGGGUCAAUCGUUUCUCAGCUCCGGCGAGAGACCGGAUGCAAAAUCCACUGCGAGGAUGCGGUGGUUGGGACUGAUGAUAGGGUUAUUUUGGUAAUUGGGUCGAUGUCGGAUCGAAAAGGGAUUGUUUUGGGUGAUAGGGAGAUGGAGGUUUCUAAUGCACAAGAAGGUGUUGUUAGGGUUUUUGAUAGGGUUUGGGGGCUUGAAAGUGAGAAAGGGGGAAAUGGUGAAGUUUAUGGGAAAUUGUUGGCACAUAGUUCUCAAGUUGGUGCUAUUGUUGGGAAAGGAGGGAAGAAUAUAAGUAAUAUUAGGAAUAAUAGUGGUUCUAAUAUUAGGGUUUGUCCUGCUCCACAUUGUGCUGCUAAAGAUGAGGAGUUAAUUCUUAUAACUGGUGAAAGUUUGGCUGUAAAGAAAGCACUGAUUUAUGUAUCUUAUUGUCUUCAAGAUUGUCCACCGAUGGGAAAAGUAUCUUUGAACACGCCGCCAACUAUUAACUCGUCUGAUAGGUCAACCUCUUACACACAUGAGGAUCUUUUUCCUCACCUUAAUUCAUGGUUACCUUCAAUGGAAGGUUUAUCUAUAAACGAUGCUUCAAAACAGACAACAAACGCUAACGGAAACUCUAGCCUUGACUCAAAAGGUUCUGGACACGCAGUUGUUUUCAGACUCCUUUGCUCUAACAACGUAGCUGGUAGUGUUAUCGGCAAAAAAGGGUCUAUAGUCAGAACUUUUGAAAUCCGAACUGGUGCUUCUAUUGUCUUUGCCCCUCCUUUAGGUCAGUAUGAAGAGCGCAUCGUCACUAUUUCUGCUUUUGAGAACCUUGAAUCAAGUAAUUCUCCUGCACAAGAUGCUGUUAUUCUUGUCUUCACUAGAAUUGCUGAAGAUCACAUUCGAAAUGGAUUUCAGCCAGCCACUGCUGUGGAAUCACCUGUAACUGCAAGGCUUUUAAUCACAACAAGCACGUUACAUUUAUUGACUGGUAAUGAAGGUCAGGUGAUUUCAGAACUGAGACAAGUGAGUGGGGCUGAUAUUCAACUACUGCAUGGAGAGCCAAUUCCUAAUGCUUCAGAUAAUGAUGUGGUAGUCCAGAUCACUGGUGGAUACAGAUGCGUGGAAAAUGCUCUACGUAAAAUCACUUCUAUAAUUAGGGAUAAUCCUUUGACCAAUGAGUUGCUUGCUGAAGCAAAAAUCAAACCAAGUUUUCCUUUAAAUAAAGAUACCGUUAGGAGUAAGUUCAUUACCCGCAAAAAAUCUUCUUUUCCUUUUGCAAGGGUUCCACCACAGAAUGCAGGGGUCUAUCAAGCUAAAAAGGUCACAGAAAAUGGGGAAUCACAUACGAAUUUAAUCGAGAAUGUGGAACCUGGCAGAGGAAACAUUGUUGCCACUGUGACAAACACUACCGUGGAGAUUAUAGUCUCAGAGCAUGUCUUUGGUUCUGUUUAUGGUGAGGAUGGCGGCAAUUUAGAUCGAAUUAGACAGAUUUCAGGUGCAGAUGUUACUGUAUUUGAUCCCAGCAGCACCGGUACAAGUGGAGGGAAGGUUGUGAUAUCUGGAACACCUGAUCAAACAUUUGCAGCUCAGAGUUUGCUUCAAGCUUUCAUUCAAACUGCACAAGCAAGCUGAUGGAUAGAUGGCAAGCUGCAUUUCAUUUCAUUUUAAAGUUCUUCCUUCAAAACAGGAGGAGGUGCCAUUAGUGGUUGGUGUACAUAUCACACGUCUUGACUAGUCACCUUCAACUUGUGAAUAAUAUUAUCAUUAUAGACUCACUAUUUCACUUCAAAAUGAUAUGAUGGUUACCUCCUGUAGACUAACAGACACAUUUUGUUAGAUUUCGGUUUCUGACGUUUUAUUAACCGUCUUUUUGAAAGGGCCGUGGGAGCUCCCGUUAUACCGUUAAUUGGUACUAUCAUUUUGCUCCAAGACCUAUUUAUAAAAGUUCAUCCUUUUUCUUUAGCUAGUAA